AAUCCAAAUACCCAGACACCCGUUUCAGCGUAAAACCCGUGCCGGUCCGUCUGGUCCCACACCCAAACACCCCCCCUCUCUCUCUCUUCCCCACCGAGAAUUCAAGAAAAAUCAUUCAUUUUCCUGUUGACUACUUGCGCCUGCGAGGUCUCCAUCGGAGUCGUUGCCUUCUCUUUCUCCACCGGUUCCCAAUUUCUAUUCUAGGGUUUGCCUUCAACACCCCCACCUCAGUUUCUACCCUUCCCAUCUCCCCCAUCGAACGUCUUCUUCGGGAGAGAGAAAGUGGACCGCCCGUGAGUCAUCUCCGUGGACUUCUUCUCCCACCGCUUCAAGUCAACCUACCCUGCAGUUUCUUCAAUUCCCCCCCUCAAUCAAAUCCCUAGGGCUCCCUCACUCGCCAGUUCAGAAUCGAUUCCAAUUGCUCCAGCAGCGGUUUCCCCGGAGAAAGUCUCAGUCUUGUUAGGAGGUAAUUCGGUCUCCAGACUCUUUUGCUUGUAGGGUUUGAUCUCUUUUGAUAGGAAAGUCCAGCUGGUACUUGAAGCGUUGGGGGAUUGAAGGUGAUUUCACUCCGUUCGUAUUCGGGGGUGGAGGCUGAGAUAUCGUCUAGCUGAUUGCUGUUGCUGAUUUGUUACUGUUACUGAGAUCUGUUAGCUGACUGAUAUAGAAUUCGAAGCUCUUGCUUGGUUGCCCUGUGGCUUCUGAAUGGUUGGCGAAUUGCGGGUCGGGUCGUGUAGAAUUUGCUGGCUUUAGUGAGUUUUUCUAGGGUUGGGUAGGUUAGAAUGGACAAUUCGAAGAACAGGCAUAACAAUGAUCAUUUGGGUGUCAACAAGAUCGGGAAGAACAUAAGGAAGAGCCCCUUGCACCAACCGAACUUCGCUAAUACCAACACGAAUGCGAACACCACCGCCAACACCAAUACCGCCAGCAACAAUCCUGCGAGGCAGCAGCCGCAGCCCCAAGUCUACAACAUCAGCAAGAAUGAUUUCCGGAACAUCGUUCAGCAACUCACCGGUUCCCCUUCUAAGGAUCCCUUGCCACGACCCCCCACCAACCCCCCGAAAUCUCAGAGUAUGAGGUUGCAGAGGAUUCGCCCUCCCCCUUUGACUCCCUUUAAUCGGCCCCAUGUUCCCCCUCCAGCUCCAGUCCCUGCACCUCAGCCGCCGCCGCCAGUCCCUUACAACAACUUUCCCAGGCCUGCUCAGUUCGGGGGGCCACCUCCACCCGGUCCUAUGCCACCUAUGGCAGCUCCGGUAGACCCAUAUACGCUACAUCCGACCGAGUCUCCUGUUUCAGCUUACAUGCGUUACUUACAGAAUUCAAUGUUGGAUCCUAGCCCAGUAGGAAACCUGUCUAUGCCUCCGCCUCAGGCUCAUGCUUCGGGGUCCAUGCCUACUCAUCCUCCCCCACCUCCACCUUUAUCAGGAAUACUCCCUAACCCUCCUCCAGCUGGAUUUCCUUCACCGCGGUUCAAUGGCCCUGCGAUGCCACCUAAUGCUAACCUUCCUUUUCCGCAUAUGAAUGGGCCAGCCCUCCUGCCCUCUCCGACUUCUCAGUACCCUUUGCCAUCUCCGAGCAGUUACUUGAACUUGUUGUCUCCUAGGUCGCCUUAUCCUCUGCUCUCUCCCGGGGUUCAGUUUCCGCCUCUUACGCCAAACUUCUCAUUCUCAUCCAUGGCUCAGUCAGGAAUUCUGGGUCCUGGGCCCCAACUUCCGCCUUCACCUGGUCAAUUUUUUCCGCUGUCCCCUUCAGGUUUUUUCGCAAUGCCUAGUCCAAGGUGGAGGGAUCAAUAGCAAGUGGAGCAAUCUUUUCUGAAGGAGGUCCGGUUCCUUCUCGUGGGAGCUUGCAUCCGAAUGUUUUUGCAAGAGUUCAGCAUGUAACAGUCUACUUGUAUCAGUAGUUUGCAGUCUUUUUCCUUUUUGUUUUUUCUUUUUUUUUUCCUUUUUCUGUUCAUACCUGCUUUUCAGCUUCUUGUUGUAAUGUUAUUUCAGUAUAGCAGCAGUUCAUUUUCUCGGGGCAGGGUUUAAUUUAGAUGGUGUAGUUGAUGAGCUAAUGCAAGUGGGAGAAAUUGAUGUAGCAAAAAGAUGAAAUAGGAGUACAGACAUUGAAACGCAAUAGGUGAAUGUUCAUCAAGAAGAGUUGAUGUCCCUUUUGUCACUUUUGCUGAUUGAAUUGUUACCAUAUCGAGGUUUCAAUUGCUUCGUGAAGGAAUAAUUUGAGGCAUCAAUCCUCUAGCUUUUGCUUUGGUUGGUCUUGUUACUGUAUACCAUGAAGCGUUUCCAUGGUUCUCUUGA